ACACAGCCCUCCUGACAGGUUGUUUACAACACGGCAGCUUGCUUCCACCAGUACCAGUGAGAGAGAGGGUGAACGGGAAGGAAGCUAGUCUUUUGUAACCUAAUCUCAGAAGUGACAACCCACCACUUCCACUAGUCUCUUCAUGAAAAAGUUUGACUCUUUGCUUCGACACUACCAUCUGCAAGUUCUUGUGCUAGCUGCUGUGGGAAAGAUGUAGCUGAGUCAGACAUGAUCCCUGCCCUCAAGGAGCUUGUGACACCACAGUAAGGACAAGUCUAUUUUGGUGCUGAAGGGAAACAGAUGAAGAACAUGACCUUAAGGAGCUUCCUGUCAAUGAGAAGACCAAGCUGAUGCCUGGCAAAGAUAUUAAAGAGGAGACUGAAACUGUUCCUUGGACAUCUUAUGAGUGUCAGAAAAUACCUUUUGGAGGGUUAGAAGAUCAGGGGACAUGGUCGUUCACAUUUGCUGCCACGGAACACCGCCAGUCUUCACUUGGAAACAGAAUCAUGCCUUGUGAAGAGAUCAUCCCUAAGCAGGAGAGAAGCUACUAAAGGAUUGUGUCCUCCUCCUCCUUCCCUGUGCUCGGUCUCCACCUGUCUCCCAUUCUGUGACGAUGGUUCAAUGGAAGAGACUCUGCCAGCGGCAUUACUUGUGGGCCCUGGGCUGCUAUAUGCUGCUGGCCACUGUGGCUCUGAAACUGUCUUUCAGGUUAAAGUGUGACUCUGACCACUUGGGUCUGGAGUCCAGGGAAUCUCAAAGCCAGUACUGUAGGAAUAUCUUGUAUAAUUUCCUGAAACUGCCAGCAAAGAGGUCUAUCAACUGUUCAGGGGUCACCCGAGGGGACCAAGAGGCAGUGCUUCAGGCUAUUCUGAAUAACCUGGAGGUCAAGAAGAAGCGAGAGCCUUUCACAGACACCCACUACCUCUCCCUCACCAGAGACUGUGAGCACUUCAAGGCUGAAAGGAAGUUCAUACAGUUCCCACUGAGCAAAGAAGAGGUGGAGUUCCCUAUUGCAUACUCUAUGGUGAUUCAUGAGAAGAUUGAAAACUUUGAAAGGCUACUGCGAGCUGUGUAUGCCCCUCAGAACAUAUACUGCAUCCAUGUGGAUGAGAAGUCCCCAGAAACUUUCAAAGAGGCGGUCAAAGCAAUUAUUUCUUGCUUCCCAAAUGUCUUCAUAGCCAGUAAGCUGGUUCGGGUGGUUUAUGCCUCCUGGUCCAGGGUGCAAGCUGACAUCAACUGCAUGGAAGACUUGCUCCAGAGCUCAGUGCCGUGGAAAUACUUCCUGAAUACAUGUGGGACGGACUUUCCUAUAAAGAGCAAUGCGGAGAUGGUCCAGGCUCUCAAGAUGUUGAAUGGGAGGAAUAGCAUGGAGUCAGAGGUACCUCCUAAGCACAAAGAAACCCGCUGGAAAUAUCACUUUGAGGUAGUGGGAGACACAUUACACCUAACCAACAAGAAGAAGGAUCCUCCCCCUUAUAAUUUAACUAUGUUUACAGGGAAUGCGUACAUUGUGGCUUCCCGAGAUUUCGUCCAACAUGUUUUGAAGAACCCUAAAUCCCAACAACUGAUUGAAUGGGUAAAAGACACUUAUAGCCCUGAUGAACACCUCUGGGCCACCCUUCAGCGUGCACGGUGGAUGCCUGGCUCUGUUCCCAACCACCCCAAGUACGACAUCUCAGACAUGACUUCUAUUGCCAGGCUGGUCAAGUGGCAGGGUCAUGAGGGAGACAUCGAUAAGGGUGCUCCUUAUGCUCCCUGCUCUGGAAUCCACCAGCGGGCUAUCUGCAUUUAUGGGGCUGGGGACUUGAAUUGGAUGCUUCACAACCAUCACCUGUUGGCCAACAAGUUUGACCCAAAGGUAGAUGAUAAUGCUCUUCAGUGCUUAGAAGAAUACCUACGUUAUAAGGCCAUCUAUGGGACUGAACUUUGAGACACACUAUGAGGGCAUUGCUACCUGUGGGGCACGAGCAUGUACAAACAUGCUCAGAACUUGCUGGGACAGUGUGGGUGGGAGACCAGGGCUUUGCAAUUCGUGGCAUCCUUUAGGAUAAGAGGGCUGCUAUUAGAGUGUGGGUAAGUAGAUCUUUUGCCUUGCAAAUUGCUGUCUGGGUGAAUGCUGCUUGUUCUCUCACCCCUAACCCUAGUAGUUCCUCCACUAACUUUCUCACUAAGUGAGAAUGAGAACUGCUGUGAUAGGGAGAGUGAAGGAGGGAUAUGUGGUAGGGCACUUGAUUUCAGUUGAAUGCCUGCUGGUAGCUUUUCCAUUCUGUGGAGCUGCUGUUCCUAAUAAUUCCAGGUUUGGUAGCGUGGAGGAGAACUUUGAUGGAAAGAGAACCUUCCCUUCUGUACUGUUAACUUAAAAAUAAAUAGCUCCUGAUUCAAAGUA